GCUCGUUUCAUCCUAGGUCCUCUCACACGCUAACAGAGUUGGCCAAUCGCUCCAUCUGCUUGGCGCUUGCAUAGCAGUUGGUAACCACUCCCUACCUCCUCCAUUCCGAUCCUAAACCACACCACCACACCCUCCUGCUCCAGACCUCUUCACUAACUUCACUUCACAAUGCACAGACGAAGAUACCCGAACAGCUGCUAGCUAGGAGUAGUUCUAUAAAUCUUCUCUCCACGCACUCAAAGGCAAGCACGCAGUUAAGCAAUCUAGCUGAUCAAGCACCUCAUCACCUCACAAAAAGCCUGCGCCCAACUUGCACGGCGGCAACCAUGAGCACCAGCGAGGCCCCCGCCGCCGCGACCGUCAUCCCCAUCGACGACGUCGCCCACCACCACGGCAAGGCCCCGGCCGUGGCCACGGCUCCUCCCGCGACAUCGUCAGCCGUCCCCGCAGCUGCAGCAGCGACCACGGCGCCUCGCAAGACGGGGGUCCCGUUCUUCCGGCGGGCCGACCGCGGCAGCCGGUGCGUGGCGCUCGUCGACUUCGUGCUCAGGAUCGCGGCCUUCGGGCCCACCCUCGCCGCCGCCAUCGCCACAGGCACCUCCGACGAGACGCUCUCCGUCUUCACCCAGUUCUUCCAGUUCCGCGCCCGCUUCGACGACUUCCCGGCGCUCCUGUUCUUCAUGGUGGCCAACGCGAUCGCGGCGGGGUACCUGGUGCUGUCCCUCCCCUUCUCCGCCGUCGUCGUCCUCCGCCCACAGGCCAUCGGCUUGCGCCACCUCCUGCUCGUCUGCGACACGAUAAUUGUCGCGAUGCUGACGGCGGCUGCAGCGGCGGCGGCGGCCAUCGUGGACCUGGCGCACUCGGGGAACCUCCGCGCCAACUGGGUGCCCAUCUGCAUGCAGUUCCACGGCUUCUGCCAGCGCACCAGCGGCGCCGUCGUCGCCUCCUUCCUCGCCGUCCUCGUCUUCGUACUCCUCGUCAUCUUGGCCGCCUUCGCCAUCAGGAAGCGCUGAAUCGCAUGCUCCACCUUCAAUUCGUCUCUACCCAUUUCGUGACUACGUACGUGUGUGCUUUUGCUGUCUUGCAUCGUGUAACUUCGGUUGUGUUAUGAGAUGUUUGUGCAAGUGUGACCACUGGCUACUGGAGUGGAUUGUUUGUGUAAGAGUUUAAAAGUUAUUGCCUGCUAAUGCAAGCUGAUCAACGCGCUCUUAUUCAGUGGUCUUCAAGUAA